GAGCUGUACUAUACGAAAUCACUGUCGAUUGUCCUUUGAAAGAUUUGAUCUUUGUUGAUAUUGUCAAAUAUCUGGAUAGAGAAGGCGAAACUGAAAUUUUAUUCAAUAUUAAUUCUGUAUUUAAGAUUGAACAGGUUUAUCAGGACGGUGAUCAAGAAGGACCAAAUGGUGUAUGGAUAGUACAAAUGAAGGCAAUGGGUGAAGGUACAACAGAAAUAAAAGAACAGUUAAAAUUAAUACGAAAGAAAUUUGAAACCUGUAGUAGUACGAAUAAUAUGCUAUUUGGACGUCUUCUAUUAGAUAUGGGUCAUUAUACCAAAGUUGAAUCCUACUUUCAAAUGAUGUUAAAUGUAUUACCUAAAAAUCAUAAAGAUCGAGCAUCGAUUUACGAUCAUAUUGGCGAUCUACAUAUGCAUACAACAAAUGGGAAUGAAGCAUUUAAAUGCUUCUCGCAGGCUUAUGACAUAAAAAUGAAAUGUUGUCAUCAUCGAUAUCUGAGUGAAACAUUAAAUAACAUUGGAAAUUAUUAUAAAGCUAUCGGAUACUUUGAUAGGGCAUGCAGCUUUUAUGAAAACGCAUUAAAUUAA